CAAUCAGCAAGCAAGCGGCCGCGUGCAUCUGUGUGUGAGUCAUCGACGCCAUGGCAAGUGAGGGUGAGAUGGAGACGUUCGCCUUCAAUGCUGACAUCCAGCAGCUGAUGUCGCUGAUCAUCAACACCUUCUACUCCAACAAGGAGAUCUUCCUUCGGGAGCUCAUCUCCAACAGCAGCGACGCCCUCGACAAGAUCCGGUACGAGUCCAUCACCGACCCGGACAAGAUCAAGGAGCAGCCCAACUUCUACAUCCGCAUCAUCCCCGACAAAAGCGCCAACACACUCACCAUCGAGGACUCGGGCAUCGGCAUGACCAAAACCGACCUCAUCAACAACCUCGGUGAGUCAGUCAAAGAGGCAGGGUGUGGGAGACACGCAUGCGACGGGAGGGGGGACGGGGAGGGGGGCAAGGGUGCAUGUGUGGGUGUGGGGACACGCUGGCACGGCACACGCAUGGCAUGCGCCCACAUGCACACCUCUACGACAUGUCUCUCUGCAUGCCAUGCCAUGUGUGCGUGUGUGUGUGUGCGUGUCUCCCCUCCCUCUCAGGCACCAUUGCCCGUUCUGGGACCAAGGCAUUCAUGGAGGCCCUGACUGCCGGCACCGGUGACAUCAGCAUGAUCGGCCAGUUCGGUGUGGGUUUCUACUCUGCCUACCUGGUGGCCGACAAGGUGACGGUCAUGUCCAAGCACAACGACGACGACCAGUACAUCUGGGAGUCGUCGGCAGGCGGCUCAUUCACCGUCUCCAAGGACCCUUCAGGCGACGUACCCAGGGGCACACGCAUCAUCCUCCACCUCAAGGAGGACCAGGUACGUAGGUGACACGACCGACCCACACACGCCACAGCGGCCGACACACGAGAGGCGUACACACGUGGGUCGUGUGUGGUCUGUCAGUCUGAGUACUUGGAGGAGCGUCGUCUGAAGGACCUGGUCAAGAAGCACAGCGAGUUCAUUGGCUUCCCCAUCGAGCUGUCUGUCGAGAAGACCACUGAGAAGGAGGUCGACGAUGAGGAGGAAGAGGAGGAGGAGAAGAAGGUACGCCACCACCACCCCCCCCACACACCCCUACCCACCCAGAGAGCCAGUGGGAUAGAUACAUGACGCCUUGUCUGUGUGUGUGGGUGUUGUGUGGUCGUGCGUGGCAUGGCAUGCAGGAUGAGGAUGAGGAGAAGAAGGAUGAGGAGGAGAAGGACGAGGAGGAGCCCAAGAUCGAGGACGAGGACGAGAAGGAAGAGAAGAAAGUCAGCCACACCCACACCGCACCCGCACCCGACCAGAACCAUAUGCGCUAACACCUGUGUGGUGUGGUGUGGUGGCCUGUGUCACGGUGUGUGCACGUGUAGGAGAAGAAAAAGAAGAAGGUCAAGGAGGUGACGAAGGAGUUUGAGCAGAUCAACAAGAACAAGCCCAUCUGGAUGCGCAAGCCAGAGGACGUCACCACCGAGGAGUACGCCUCCUUCUACAAGUCCAUCACAAACGACUGGGAGGAACACCUCAUCGUCAAACACUUCUCAGUCGAAGGUGCGUACGCCAUCACAUCACAUCGCCACACACACACUUGCGCCUCCCCCCCCAUGUGCACGUGUGUGUGCAGGUCAGUUGGAGUUCAAGGCGUUGCUGUUCGUCCCCCGCCGCGCGCCGUUCGACCUCUUCGAGACGCGCAAGAAGCGCAACAACAUCAAGCUGUACGUCAGGCGGGUCUUCAUCAUGGACGACUGCGAGGAGCUCAUCCCAGAGUGGCUCAACUUCGUCAAGGUCAGUUCAGUCACCACACACGACACAGACAGACGGACUCAUGUGGCGCACUGAUGCGUGUGUGUGUGUGUGUGCAGGGUGUGGUCGAUUCCGAGGAUCUGCCGCUGAACAUCUCUCGGGAGUCGCUGCAGCAGAACAAGAUCCUGAAGGUGAUCCGGAAGAACCUCGUCAAGAAGUGCCUGGAGAUGUUUGCCGAGCUGACCGAGAAGAAGGACGACUACAAGAAGUUCUACGAGCAGUUCUCCAAGAACCUCAAACUCGGCAUCCACGAGGACACCACCAACAGGAUCAAGGUCAGCUCAGCUGCUGCGCCACAUACACAACACAUCCACACACGUGUCUGUGUCCAUCAUACCAGCCAUGUAUGUGUGUGUGCGUGUGUGUGGUGUGUCAUCCAUCGUGCGUGCAGAUCGCUGAGUUGCUGCGCUUCCACACGAGCAAGAGCGGCGAGGAGCAGAUCAGCUUCAAGGAGUAUGUCGAUCGCAUGAAGGAGGGCCAGAAAGACAUCUUCUACAUCACCGGCGAGUCCAAGGCCGCCGUCGAGCACUCCCCCUUCCUCGAGACGCUCCGCAAGAAGGGCAUCGAGGUCAUCUACAUGGUCGACCCCAUCGACGAGUACUGCGUCCAACAACUCAAGGCAAGCUACACCUCCCAAUCAGAUACCCACACGCCACCGCACACACGUGUGUCUGUCUGUAUGUCUGACUCUCUCUCUCUCUGUGUGGCAGGAGUUUGACGGCAAGAAGCUGCGGUGCUGCACCAAGGAGGGUUUGGACCUCGAGGACGACGAGGACGAGAAGAAGAAGUUCGAGGAGCUCAAGGAGGAGUUCGAGCCGCUCUGCAAGCUCAUGAAGGAGGUCCUCCACGACAAGGUCGAGAAGGUCGUCGUCGGCCAGCGCAUCUCGGACUCGCCCUGCGUCCUCGUCACCUCCGAGUUCGGAUGGAGCGCAAACAUGGAGAGGAUCAUGAAGGCACAGGUGGGUGGGCACCCACCUGACACACCUCACGACACCCACACACAGGAAGGAGGAGAAUGCGCGCAUCGAUCGGUCUCUCUCUCUCUCUCUCUGUGUGUGUGUGUGUGUGUGAUGUGUUACAGGCGCUGCGUGACAACAGCAUGACGACGUAUAUGGUGUCGCGCAAGACGAUGGAGAUCAACCCCAAGCACAGCAUCAUGGUGGAGCUCAAGAAGAAGGCGUCGGCGGACAAGUCCGACAAGACCGUCAAGGACCUCAUCUGGCUCCUCUUCGACACCUCUCUCCUCACCUCCGGCUUCUCCCUCGAUGACCCCACCCAGUUCGCCGGCCGCAUCCACCGCAUGAUCAAACUCGGACUCUCCAUCGACGAGGACGAGGAGGCACCAGGUAUGGAUGCCAGCCAGAGAGGGGAGGGGACAGGUGCGCGUCUUCCUGCGUGCAUAUGUGUGUGUGUGUGUGUGUCGUGUGUGGUGUGUGUGUCAGCUGAGGAGGACCUGCCGCCACUGGAGGAGGUCGAGGGCGCCGAGGUGGAGGCAUCCAAGAUGGAGGAGGUCGACUAAACUCACACACAUCCGCUCUAUCCUCAUCCACUCGCUCCCACUACCCACUAGCCUAGCCUAGUCUGUUUUGCUGCGUGUCCCUCUGUGUGUGUGAGUGUGUGUCUGUGUGUGCGUGACUUGUGUUGUGUGUGUGUGGGUGUUUUGUCCAUCAAUCUGUGUGAUUUCCUUUUCGGUGUGUCGUGUGACGUGACAUACAUAAACGAUCUACACACACACGCAUUGCAUUCACACACACAUGACCUGACAUGGGGGAGAGAAGUGGACCAGCCACAUGGAUGGAUGCCGUGCUUAUGUGAGUGACACGCAUGGCAUGGCAGAGCAGAGGAGUGGUGGGUUGGGUGCCUCAGGCGCUCAGGGUUUUGGAGCCACGGACAGGCAGACUGACUGACUGACUCUUUUGCCCAUGUCAAGCUUGUGUCAAGAGACUGGCCUUGUGUCUCGUUCUGGGGCGGCCAAUGGAUCGUCCGUGUCGUGGAUGAGCUGGCAUGGAUCGACACGUUGGCGGCUGCAGGCCUAGACUGGGCCAGAGCUCUGACACAGACAUGGGACGGAGAAUACACAGACAGACAGAGCUGGAAGGAAGGUUGAAAGAAAGGUAUCUCGUGAGUCUCUCUGCGACCUGUCGGUGAUGCACCCUUCGGAUGAUCCUCGUGCUUGUACGGGGGAGGCUGUACGGGGAGCUGUUAACCCAGCUUUCCGGACUGCCUUCACCGUGGGGGGCGAAGGAGCACCCGAAAGGCACACCGACUGUCGGCGUGCAUGAACAUGUGAAUGAGCAUGGAUGGCUGGAUCCUUUAUCCUCUCACCGAUCCAGCGACUGCCUGCCUCCCACUCUCCUUGGCCUUUUUCCGUCGUGUGUGUGUGAAGGUGCGUGUGAGCGUGACCACGUGGCGGCGUGUCGGAGGACAGCCGGCCCACUGGGAGCACUGACUGCAUGGGACACUGGUGGAUUGCAAUUGGUGGAGUGUUCAUUGAACGUGCUGCAUGGCCAUGAUGGAUGUUGUCGGGUUUAAUGCGUUUUUCUUCUGAACACGUGUGUCUCGUGUGCGGUGUGAGUGUGUGUGUGGUGGGCGGACUCACGUGUGUGUAUGUGUGUGGUGUGGUGUGGUGAUGUGUGGACCGACCCUUCUGUAGAUGCUUUUGCCAUCCACACGUGAACAUCUUGAUACUUGCG